AUAGACUUUCACAGCUUUAGCUCUGCAAACCAGCUUACCUUCACACUGUUGACAUCCUCUCCCCUCUUGAUAGCAUCUCGCAAAGCACUCAAGUCACCAGCCCUGGCAGCACUGAGUAUGUCGGCCAUUAUUAUCAGGUAGCAGGUACGCCCCUUUGUUGUUUGUUUGCCCUCACGAGAUUAAGACCACGCCUUUCUACUGCCACCCACAGUAGAAGGGGCGUGGUCUCCAUACAAUAGAUGGAAGAGCUAGCUAGCUAGCUGAGUUCUAGUAUGUGUACGUGUACAAGUGGUGCAAGUAGUUCCAUACAAGAAGAUUCAAGGAAGCUAUGGUGUAUUUAUCAGGAGGUAAAGUCCUUGAGAACAGGUCAUGGCUGAGUGUGGACGGUAUCGUUGACUUGUUCUGGGCUGUCAUUAACUUCUUUGUCUUGUUCUUCAAGACUCUAAUAAGCCCUGGAGCUAGUGCUACUGGACCAUCACGCAGCACAGACUAUAGGCGAUCUGGAGUUGCUGAUCAAGGGAGACGUAUUGGUCGUGUUGGUAAGGGUGCUGGUGGUGGUGCUGGACCUCCCCCCAUGGGCGGUGGAUGAGGAAGAGCACCAGUCCUAACUGGGACAGCACCAACAUGUGGUCAGCAGAUGCUCCAUUCUACAGUAAUGACAUCACCUCCGAUAUGAGCCCCCUAUCAGCAGUGGCACCACCGACCCAACCUCACCCUCCGAGGACACCACACUCUCAACCACCACCUAUGACCUUUUUGAGAACUAAAGUAUCUGGAGUCUGAGCAAUGCUGAUAGUUCAACACUUCUUUCCUGGGCCCAACAGUAAUCCGAACCCCCACCAAGCAAGACUGAGUAAAGCCCCCUCUCACCUACUGCAACGAUUUGGACUAUGAAUUUUGGAUAACGAUUUCAACUUAACCUCAUUUCAAUUGAGUUGUCUGCUAUUAGCUCUAGUAUCAGCAUUUUAGCGAGUGAUUAUCUAGCCAGCUAUCUAGUUUAUUAUUGUUAUCGUGUAGCUACUAGUAGAUCGUUCAGUUGUCAUUUUGAGAGCUGUAUGUGUUUAGUAGCUAGCUGAUGACAUUAUUGUGUCUUGGCAUUAUAUGAAUUAACAAUUAACAAUUUGUGACCUGCUGGGUAAUGUA